GCAUUUGUUAAUCACCGCUCCAAGUAACCGUUCACUGAACGUUUUGUCACGUUUGUAUUUUAUGUUUAUACGUUUAUUCACAGACAAGGAUAAGGUAGACCUCUCAUAUCUUUUGCAAUUUAAUUACUAGUAGUAGAUCACAAAUUCAAAUUCAAUAUUGAGUUGCUUUCAAUUAAAUUAGAAUGAUCUUUCUAUCAUCUUUCUACCACGUGUAGAACACGACCAUUUUCUAACUAAUCUUUAAUUUCGCAACUUAUCUGCGUAAAAUAGAUUAGAUUUCGCAACAUCAUGUGAAAAACACCAUAUUUUAAAAUGUAUUAAAUACAAUGGAAAGAUCUACGUUACUAAUUUGUCAUAUGACUAUUGUUUCGCUAUCAAACCAGAAAAUAGGCCUUAUGAACUGGCCUGUAUCUUUGGUAUAAAAUGAGAAUAAACUGAUGCAAUAACUUACUUUCAGCCAUAAUGUUGACUCGCUUGACGAUCCAAAGCUUGCGCUUAAAAAGCACUGCAGCUAGCACAGCAGCAUUAAGAAAGAUUGGUUCAAGAUCUGAAGAAAUAUUUCAUCGUGAAGACAAGUAUGGCGCCCAUAAUUAUAAACCCCUUCCUGUUGCGAUUGCUAAGGGUGAAGGUGUAUUCCUUUGGGAUGUGGAAGGAAACCGUUAUUACGACUUUCUUUCGGCCUAUAGCGCUGUAAAUCAAGGCCAUUGCCAUCCUAAAAUAGUUGAAACUCUAAAGAAGCAGGCCACUACGUUAACCUUGACAUCUCGAGCCUACUAUAACAAUAUUUUAGGGGAAUUUGAGGAAUAUAUCACAGGAUUGUUUGGCUAUGAUAAGGUUUUGCCAAUGAACACUGGCGUUGAAGGGGGUGAAACAGCUAUAAAGUUAGCCAGACGAUGGGGUUAUCAAGUAAAGAAAAUUCCCGAAAACAUGGCAAAAACUCUUUUCGCAACUGGAAAUUUUUGGGGCCGUACUAUGGCUGCCGUUUCCUCCAGUGACGAUUCUGAUAGUUAUGGCGGAUAUGGCCCCUUCAUGCCCCGCAUGGAAUUGGUACCCUAUAACAACUUACCAGAGUUAGACAAAGCUCUUAGCGAUCCAACAGUGUGCGCAUUUAUGGUUGAACCAAUUCAAGGAGAAGCCGGUGUUGUUGUUCCAGAUGAAGGUUACUUGGCAGGUGUUAGAAAGCUAUGUACUAAGCAUAACGUACUAUUUAUUGCUGAUGAAGUACAAACUGGUUUGGCCAGAACUGGAAAGAGGCUUUGUGUUGAUCAUGACAAUGUGAGACCUGAUAUUGUCAUUCUAGGUAAGGCCUUGAGUGGAGGUGUUUAUCCGGUGUCAGCAGUAUUAGCUGACGAUGACAUUAUGUUACAAAUUCAACCUGGUCAACAUGGAUCUACUUAUGGUGGAAAUCCCUUGGGUACCAAGGUUGCUAUUACUGCGUUAGAGGUUCUUGAAGACGAAAAAUUGGCCGAAAAUGCUGACAAAAUGGGAGCUUUACUGAGGAAGGAAUUAUCUGAGCUACCGAAAGACGUUGUAUCUGUUGUAAGAGGAAAAGGUCUGCUCAAUGCUAUUGUUGUGAACUCGAAAAUUGACGCAUGGCAAUUAUGUCUGAAAUUGAGAGAUAAUGGUGUACUUGCGAAACCAACUCACGUUGAUAAGAUUAGAUUCGCGCCACCUUUGGUUAUCAGCGAAGAACAGCUUCAAGAAGCAGCAAACAUCAUCAAGGAAACCAUAAUGGAAUACAUCAAUUAA